CCACUUUUCCACUUUUCCACUUUUCCACUUUUCCAUUUUUUGUUUUCUCACUCUUAUUUCAAGAAAAAAAAGCAAUUUGCGUUGCAUAAACUGUAUUGGCCCGCUCCCUCACCCAUUCACUCAUUCAGCUUUUUGCUCAGUUGCUCGCAUUUAUACACACAUUUCUAUCAACCGAGCACUGGCUCUAGCCAUAACCAUAGCCAUAGCCACAGUUGCAAUUGCAAUUGCAGUUACAGUCACAGUCACAGUCACAGUCACAAUACCAGAACCAAAACCAGCAGCCAAUGUCAUUUCAGAAUUUGUUUGUGCCGCGGGCGCGCAUUGCCACGUUCAAGGUGCGCCUGCAAAUUGAGGACCUCAACAACGUGCCCCCGCUCAGCGGCGUUUUCUACGCCAAAUGGAAGUGCCAGGACCAAAGCGGCUCUUCGCCGAGUAUGCCUGUGGUCAACCAGAGGUGCGGUGGGCGCAUGCUGUCCAGAAGACUGUCGACAUACCAAUCAGCAAAGACGGCAUGCUCAUGCCAUGCGAGUUGAAAGUAGCAAUCAAGCAGGAGGUGUACUCGCAUGUGCGCACAAAGGUCGGCGCAUUGGCCGUCAAUCUCUCCGAAUACGCCCGGCUGUCCGGAUCGUCGCGACGCUAUUUUCUGCAAGAAUGCAAGCUCAAUUGUACCCUAAAGCUUUCCAUACACGUCACGCAGGAGUCUGGACCCGAAAACUACGAAAUCCCGCCCCUUGACAGAUCGAUGGUGCUCACAGACCUCAACGACAUGAUCACAAACGAAAGCAACGCCGCGCGGAGCGGCAGGGAAAACUCGACCAAGGGCACGUCGUUCUCCAGCCGCCAGCACUCGAUCAUACGCCAGAACAGCGGUAACGGACUUGUCGCUGCCAACUCGCCAUCGUCGGUCCAUACAACCAGUCGGAGCAACACGACAGACACGUCUCAGUCUUGCGCGCUGCUGCCCAUCGACAACACCAACCGCUCGUCCAAGAAGAACCAGCAGAUCGUCGAGGAUGUGUUUGUCUCGUCACCAACCCUGCCCACAUGA